AUGGAUAUCUUAAAGGAAAAUGUCGCAAGUAGCGACAAUGCCGAUACACUGAGCGGCGAGAUGCUAGAAGUUAGAGGCAGUUACACUGCAGAGGAAGAAAAAGCGGUGUUACGCAAAAUUGAUAUGGUCAUCUUGCCUUUUAUGUGCUUUGUCUUCUUCCUACAAUAUCUCGACAAGCAAAGUCUAAGCUACGCUGGUGUCUUCGGUCUAAUUGAAGAUCUGAACAUGACCAGUUCGCAGUACUCAUGGUCAAGCUCGAUCUUCUACGUUGGCCAACUUGUUUCCGAAUACCCCUUCAUCUAUCUGAUGAGUCGACUUCCACUGACAAAGUUUGUCGGUGCGACUGUAAUUGUUUGGGGCAUCAUUUGUAUGUGUUUAGCAGCACCACAGAACUUUGCCGGGUUCGCUGCGGUGCGAUUCCUUCUCGGAUUCAGUGAAGGGGCCGUCUCACCAGCCUUCGUGACAAUAACAAGCAUAUGGUAUCGAAAGAAAGAGCACAAUGUCCGCACUGCGUUGUGGAUUUCCAUGAACGGCCUAGCCCAGGUCAUCGGUUGUUUCUUGAUGUAUGGCAUUGGCAAGAAUACAUCACUUUCCAUCGCCCCCUGGCGUGUGUUGUUCAUCAUUUGUGGUGCUAUAACCGUCGCUGCGGGCGUGGGAUUCUUCGUUCUCAUGCCUAAUGGGCCGAAGGAUGCAUGGUUUCUCAACGCUCGCGAGAGAGAGGUUCUAUCAUUACGCAUGGCUCAGGACCGCGAUGGCGGUGAUAAGACUUCUUUCUCCAUUUCCCAACUCAAAGAGGCACUCAUGGACCCCAAAGCGUGGGUUGUCUUUUGGUUUGGUGUUUUAGUCUGCAUGCAGUCACCUGUUUUGACUUUUGCUUCCCUUGUUAUCAAAUCGAUCGGGUAUACUAAGCUCGAGACGAUGCUGUACACGGCUCCAUCGGGGGCUGUGCAAAUUGCAUUGCUAUGGAUCGGAGCAGGUCUCGUAUAUAUCUUCCCAAAUCAGCGGAUUCUGAUUGUUCUGGCUCUAAUUAUUCCGCCUCUGAUUGGAACCGUUUUUCUGAUGAAGUUGGAUGUGACUGCUCAAUGGGGGCUUAUUGUUGCGUCGUGGCUAGCUUCUUGUAUCACCGCAACGAUGACAAUCCUCCUUUCGCUAGCAGCAUCGAACUUUAAAGGAAACACCAAGCGUGCUGUAGUCAACGGCAUGUUUUUCAUUGGCUACUGUGCUGCCUGUAUUGCCUCACCUCAGCUGUGGACUCAUAGUCCUCGCUAUACAGAAGGUGUGAUCACAUCUAUUGUGACAUGGUGUCUUCUUUUCGUUGUCGUGAUUCUGUUCCGUCUCUUAUGCAUGUGGGAUAACAAACAGCGUGAUGAGCAGGCAGCAAACUCGGGUUCAAUUGGCGUGGACCAGCAUGUGGAGCUGGAUGAGAAUGGAUUACCACAAACUGAUCUAACGGACAAGCAAGAUAGAGAGUUCCGAUAUGUGUGGUAA